AUGGGUACCGCAGCCUUCGUACGCCUCCUGUCUGGGCGCCAAAGGAACAUCCCAGCCUUGAAUAAGGCUCUGCGCCAGCGCCUGCUAGACCACAGAGCGAAGCAGUCGAUGUCGCCCGCCCAGCCUAUGAUCCUCGCCUUCGAGCCAGCGCCAGCCUUUCAUCUCGGGCGCGCCGCAUUAGACUGCCGUCCUUCGCAGCUCCUUCGACUAGAGUCAGAUUUGCGUCUACCUCAGAGCCGCCUGCUCAGAUCCGACAGCAGCCGAGCAGAACAACCGGAGCCAGUCGAUGACACCACAGGCAAACCCGAGUGCCACAUCCAUGACGACCAACCUCGCAGCAUGUACUACGGGCCCGGCCAGGCGGUAGUCUGGCCGAUACUGGAUCUGCAAUCUCGCGCGUCGUCGUUGGCUACGUGGACCAAGGAGGGCCUGGAACAAGCCAUAGGGGACGCGACCGUGUCCCUCCUGCGCGAGCGCUUCGACCUGCCCAAUUCCUUCCGGCGCGACGACUCGGGCGUGUGGGUUUCCUCCGCCUCAUCAGCCGCACAACACGCCCGCCAGAUCGCCAGCGUGAAAGUCCAGGUGCGGGGCGGGAUCGCGAGUCUCGGCGUGGCGCUGAAUCUGGACCUGCCGACCUCUAGCCCCCCAGAUACCAACCCCUGGGCUCGUCUUGCGGCACUUCGGCUCGGCACCGGCACUUGCGUGACGAGAGUAGCUGCGGAAAUCCGGGGCCGAAGCCAUCGGGGGUUUGAUGGAGACUGCGUCGUUGAAUGUUUGGCAUAUCGUAUCUCGCACCAUCCGGGCCUUGAUGCCACUGAGGGCAAGCCUAACGACGCGUUUCAGUCUGAUCCAUUCUUGGAUGUACUUCUGCUCGGUGUUGAUUUGGGGUAUCCUGAUGCAUCUACUGCAUCUGCAGUUGCGCGACGGACGUCUGGCAAUGCGACCGCCGACGAGAGUGAGUCUGGGGCGGAGUGGGGCGAGUCUGAUGAGCAGAUGUCCACGACGGAGACUGGGAGCGAGGUUGAUGGUGUCAUUACUGGGGAGAUUUGA